UUCAAAUCGCGAAGAAGAAAAGCCGCGAAGAAGAAGAGGCUAGCAGCGACAACAAUUGCAGACACUUAGCGACGACGCCGUCAAACUUCUUUUAUUUGUCGUUACUUUUUGACACAGUCGGUCAUUUGUUUACUUAGAAAAAGUCGGAAAAGGUUAAGAAGCAGCAAUCAUUAGGCGGAGGUUCAUUCCGAAGCGUAAUGCUUGACUUUCUCGUGUCUUUGCUAACUGUUUAGCUUGUUGGCUUAGCUUCGGAGCUCCGUACAGUGACACGAUGGGCCGAGGGUUGAAGCCGAAAAAAGACAGACCUCCACGGGGACCAUUUGGGCCGCCACCUGAUUGGCCACCUCCACCAGGAGGCUGGGGUCCUCCACCCCCAGAAGGCUGGGGCCCUUUUCCACCUGAAGGUUGGGGUCCUCCACCACCCGGAGGCUGGGGUCCUCCGCCGCCUGGAGGCUGGGGUCCUCCUCCGCCUGGAGGCUGGGGUCCCCCUCCGCCCGAAGGAUGGGGUCCCCCUCCGCCCGAAGGAUGGGGUCCCCCUCCGCCCGAAGGAUGGGGUCCACCUCCCCCCGGAGGUUGGGGUCCACCUCCGCCCGGAGGUUGGGGUCCAUCUCCGCCCGGAGGAUGGGGUCCACCUCCGCCCGGAGGAUGGGGUCCACCUGAAGGAUGGGACCCCAAUCGACCGCCGUCACCGGGGUGGGUGCCUCCGCCAGAGUGGAUGCCACCCCCAAACUGGAACCCCGACAUUCCUCCUCCACCCGGGGGGUGGGAAUUCCCCCCCUGGGCCUUGCCCGGUUCCGAGCCCCCUCCUGGUUUUCCUCUGCCCCCUGUGGCCGGCGAAGCGUAUCCCCCUUCUUUCCCACCCCCAGGAUACUCUGGCCCCGCCUGGGCUGCCUACGCUGCCUACGCUGCUGCCUAUGCGGCAAGCGAUCAGUCGACGGACAAGCCCGAGUGGAUUAAAGCUUUGAUUUCUGGGCCGGGGGCGGGCCCGCUCCCGCCCCCAGUCUCCAAUGAAAACAACACGGCAGACGUGAAACCCGCCGAGGCCAAGAGUGCGGUCGAAAAGUCUGCCGACAAAUCGUCGGAUUCCGGCGGGAUGAGCAAAUCCUACGGACUGUUAGCGACGCGAUCCUUCGACAGGCCGCCACCAGGAAGAUCGACUGGCAUCAUCUCUUUUGUUGGGCCCUCCUUCGGCCACAUCGAGCGAGAAGACGCGCAGAAGUUCACCUUCGAUUUCAGCGUCUUCUUUGGUAACCCUCAAGCCAUGAAGACCGGCGUUCGAGUCCACUUCACCGCCUGCGACACCAAGAACGGCCAUAUCGCGACAGAUGUGAAGGUAGCGCCGGGCGGGACUGAGAACGUGGACCCGGAUAUCUACGAGGGCGUGGUCAACCAACCUAUCGCCGAUCCGCAGGCGGGCGAGCGUCAGCUUCCCGGUCAGGUGCACGUGGACGUCCAGCCGGUGAGGCUAACCCUGUCGUUCGAGAGGAAAGACAGCGCCGUCACGCUGCUGAAGAAUGACCAAGUUCUCAUCAACCUGCUGACCGACAUCGUCACCGACAAGCGGCGUGCCACCAACAUCCGACCCAAGCUACCCGAAACCUUCCAGUACACCGAGGAGACCCGAGAGACGGGCGUCAUCGUCAGCCUGGGCGACGCAGAUGGCGUGAUCAAGUCGGAGGCGCACGGCGAGCUUCCCUUUUAUUUCAAAGAGAACUUCAGCGACGUGGACUUCACCGCCGACGACAUCAACGAAGAAGUGGAGUUCACCCUGCACAAGCUGCGAGCGGGCGACCGUGCCAUCCGCCUGCGACGAGUGAAGGAGUCCCUGCUCCUCACCUUGUGCGGCCCCACCUCCAAAAUCAUGGAGCCGCGCAAGUCCAAGUCGGCGUCGGCCGACACGUGGCUUGACACGGAGCUGUACGAGGGCGUGGUCAGCCAACCCGUUACGAAGCCCUCCGCCGACAAGCAGGGCUACCCGGGUCAGAUCUUCGCCAACAUCGGACCCCUCCAAACCAACGUGACGUUCGACCGACUGGACUGCCGCGUCACCCUGCUCAAGAACGACCGCGUGCUGCUCAGCCUGCUGGUGGACAAGAAGAGCCUGAAGAAGCGCGCCGCCAACAUCCGACCCAAGAUCCCCUUCACCUUCGGUUUCACCAACGAGAAGCGAGAAUUGGGCAUCAUCGACCGACUGGGGGAGCCCGAUGGCGUCCUCAUCUCCAAGGAGCAUGGGGAACUGCCCUUUGACCUCCGCGACAAUUUCAGCGACACAGAGUUCGACGACGCCGAUGUCAAAACGGAGGUGGAGUUCACAGUGGUUCAGGACGAGGACAACAAGAGAGCCGUCAGACUCCGUAGGACCAAGAUGGAUGCCGAUCGAGCCAUGACGGAGAAAAGAAGGCGGGAAGAGGAGGAGGAAAAGAAGAAGGAAGUGGCGGAAAACAAAGAGAGGGGCCGCAAGGAAGCAGCGAUCGCUGCGCUCGCUGCCGCCAAAGACAAGUGGACGCCGCUAGGCUUCAGCGUGCCCGUUCCUGAUACCCAGCUGGAUAUUAGCAAGGAGCGCUUCGACGGCACUGUCCUCAAAUCGGCCGGAAAACGCCACAGUCUCAAAAUGGAGGCCCCGGACCAACAGCUGCCAACACGGGUGAAGAAGGAGGAGGUGGAGGAGGCGCUCACUAAGGUCAAAGCGGAGACUCCGGACGACCAACCCAUCAAAGAGGAGGGACUGACGAUCAAGCAGGAAGUGACGGAUUCAGAACAAAAAGUAGAAGUCAAGACGGUAGAGACGAACGGCAAAACUGAGUGCUCCGAAGAGGAUGGCCUCCUGGUGAUGACUGUGGAGGAUCGGCAGAAGAGGCUGCCUUUCGGCCCCGCUGACCUUCUUUCCGGCGCCACCCUGUUAAUCGGCGACAAGGUGCGCUUCAACGUGGCCACCAAUCGGGAGAGCAAAGAAGAACGAGCCACUCUUGUGGAGAUCCUCCCGUCUUCCUUCGAAGAAUCCACGGAACAAAGACGACACGGGAUCGUCAUUGAGUUCUCUGAGGACUCUGGACUCAUUAAGUGCACGCAGAACCCUCAGCUCUUCUUCUACUUGUCGGAAGUCAUCGGAAAAAGAAAGCUGGAGCUCAACGAGAAGGUGGAGUUCAGCGUGGUCCCGCAUGAGGAAGCGGCAGGUGGCCACCAGGCCAUCCGAGUCAGACCUUACUCGUGUACUGAGAGCGUGUUCCUACCAGCCAAGAAACUAGGCGUCGCCACCACUGGCAAAGGAAAGAUGACCAUCAAGCUGGCCAAGGCUGCGGAAGACUCCAAGAAGGCGCAGCUGAAGACGGUGGUGAAGCAAUUGCGAUCUCAGGACAAGUCCCGCUCCGACAGCCCUCGCCGCAGUCCGGCCGCGCCCAAAGACAAAUUCGGACGCGAAAUUCAAAAGCGCCGGAGCCCCAGCCCGGACCAUGAGCGCAGAAGCAGCUUUCGCGGAAGGAGCGGGAGUCGAGAACGGUCUCGAGAACGUUCCCGGAGACGGAGCAGAAGUCGGAGCAGGAGCUCCAGCAGAGAACGGUUUGAAAAACGGCGACACAGAAGCAGCAGGGAGCGAGACGACGCACGCAGAAGCAGCAGGGAGCGAGAGGACGCACGCAAGAGGAGAUGGGAACGCAACCCGCCUGCCCCGCGAGUGGACGACGAGCUAGCCAGGAAGAAGCGAGAACUGGAGGAACUCAACCAAAUGAUCGCCUUCAAGAAGUCGCUGAUGGACCCCCGGGGACCGCAGCCAGGACAGCGGACGUGCAUCGAGUACGACCACGGCCGAAUCGCCAACCCGAUGGCCGAAUUCCGGCCGGUGCGUUCCAUUUUGAAGAAACGGAGCGAGGACCGGGAAUACCCGCGACGACCAUACGACGAUCCGUACUACGACGGGCCGUACUACGGUGCCCCUUUCGUACCUCGUCCUUACGACGAUCGUCCGUACGGACAGGCUUUGUACGGGAGCUCGUCCAACCGCUACGACGUUUACGACGAACCCUACGACGAGCCGUACCGCGACCCGGCGGACAACGCCGGACCGCUCGACGCUCCCUACGCGCCGUCUUCGUCGACGUCUACGCCGCAGUGUCCGCCGGCCGAAAGUCCGGCGCCGAGCUCGACGCAAAAGCCCCACCUGGAUCACUUUCUGGAUAUGAUAGAAACGGAGGACGUUCCCGAAAAGCCGGCGGAAGAGUUUCCUUCUGGAGACGAGCUUUUGCCGCACGAGCGGGCGCUGAAAGACGGGAAGGGAUUCUCUAAGAUCCUCGGCCUGCCCAGAGAGUCGCCCGGCGGCAACGAGGACCGUGAAAAAUCGCUUUUGGCCUACCCUUCGGUGGAAAAACCAUCCGAGAGCAAGAGGGACCCCUACAACCAGAUCCAGACUCUGUUGCGAACCAUCGGGCUGAAGCUGACCACCGGGGACGCUCCUCAGAAGUCGUCAUCCGCCGAAAGGGAGAGGUCUUCGUCGCCUUGGGAACGGCCGGUCGGAAGGGGGGCGCCUGAGGCCGACGUCGCGCCACCCCCGGAGUCGUCCGCUCCCGAGCCGGCCCCCAAAAAGAAAAAAAUCUCAGAGUACGAAGAAUUUCUGGAUCAACAAGAGUUGGAGAUGCUGAAGAAAGCCCAAGAGCUGCAAGAUCUUACCAAGAACAUGGCGGGCAAGUCAUCCACGCCCAGACCGCCACCCGGGCCCCCGCCCGAACAUUACCGGCAUCCGUCUCCUCCACUUAACUGGCCCCUGGAGGUUUUCCCUAAAGCUCCUCCCGCUGCCGCGCCCGGGGGCCGUCUUCCUCCGGGACCGCCUCCCGGGCCGCCUCCCCGACGUCCCCCCGGACAGCCCCUUUUCACGGUGUCGGGCGGGGCCGUUGGCGGCUCCGACCCCGUGCGAGGAACUGGUGGCGCGCAGUCAGAGCAAUGCAACAUCUCCACAACGAUGGCCAAAUGCCUGAAGGUCAUCGAGAGCGUGAAGUCUCUGCAUGCGACGCCUGGGGCUAAAACGCAGAAAUCGGUCCAGUUCAGUUUGCCGUCAAACUCUACCGCCGGCCCUCCGGAACAAUCUGGGGACGCGGCAAACAGGCACAAUGACAAGCAGAAGAUCGAGGACCUGCGAGAAGAUCAGCCGCAAGCCCGCAAAAAAACAGGAGAUGGCGCUGGGAUGACUCCAGGGACCCGGAUCGUGUGGAUCGUGGGUCACACGCUGGUCAGUCGGGCGGAGUCUCAGGCCAAGUCGGAACCCGGCCCUCAGUUGGGCCUGGACCCGGAAAAGGUGGUCCUCCGCUGGAUGGGAGUCUCGGGCUUGACGUGGCCCCAGCUGCUGCCCCUCCUCCAGCACCUGCAGGCCGGCUGGCCCCGCCCCCAGGCCAUCGUGCUGCACCUGGGCGGCAACGACCUGAAUACGGAAUCGCCCAGCGACCUGCUGGCGUCCGUCAGGAGGGACUUGAACGCGCUGAAGAACGUUUUUCCGCACUGCGUCCCAGUCUUUUCCCAGAUCCUCCCCCGUCGGGCGUGGCCGAACGCGGCCGACGCCCACGAAGUCGAGCUGGUCCGGAGCACGGUCAACCGGCGGAUCCGAAACCUGGUGUCGGAAGUGGGCGGAGUUUCUCUCAGCCACGACAACAUCCGCUGCGGGGCCAACACGGGGCUGUACCAGCCCGACGGCGUCCAUUUGUCGCAGAAGGGGAUCGACGUCUUUAACGGAAACCUGCGCGAUUUUCUGAUCAAGUGGGUCGAGGGAGGCGGGGUCUAGCCGUAGCGCUCGCUAACUGUUUCUUCUUCUCUGUUACUGUUUUCUAUUUCUGAAAUAAAGCUCGUUCAAGCCUCGCCGUGGAUUAUUGUCACCGUUGACGUUUGUUUUACGUUGAAUUACGAGUCAUAUGUUGUAGAUAUGAGAUUAAAGUCCUAAUAUUAGGAGAUUAAAGUCACUUGAUAAGAAUAAAAGCUGACAUUUUUUGAGAGAAAUAAAUUGUAAUCGAGGACAUUAAAAUCAUUAUUAGGAGAAUAAAUUUGGAAUAUUAGGAAAGAAAUUAUACUGAGAUUGAAGUCAUAAUAUUAGAGAAGUCGUAAUUUGAUGAGAAAAAAAGCCAACAUUUUAUGAGAAGUCGUAAUGUGAGGAGAAAAAAAAUAAUACGGUAUUAAAGUUGUGAUGAGGAAAAACGGACAUUUUUUUGAGCAAAAAGUAUUUUUAGGAGAAAAAAAUGGUCAUACUUGGAUAUUAAGGUCGUAAUUUGAUGAGGAAAAAAAAUUUUAUGAGGAAAAAGGCCGACAUUUUACAAGAAAAUAAUGUUAGGAGAAAAAAAAAUCGUAAUAUUUAAGUCGUAAUUUGAUGAGAAAAAAAUCUGACGAUUUAUGAGAAAAUUGUAAUAUUGGGAUAUUAGUCGUAAUAUUAGGAAAUAAAUUAUACUAUGAGAUUGAAGUCAUAAUAUUAGGAGAGAAGUCGUAAUUUGAUGAGGAAAAACCCCAACAUUUUAUGAGAAAAAAGUCGUAACGUGAGGAGAAAAAAAUCGUAAUAUUAAAGUUGUGAUAAGGAAAAACAUUUUUGAGCAAAAAGUAUUUUUAGGAGAAAAAAAAGUCAUACUAGGAUAUUAAAGUUGUAAUUUGAUGAGAAAAACAUGAGGAAAAAGGCCGACAUUUUACGAGAAAAAUAAUGUUAGGAGAGAAAGAAUCGUAAUAUUAAAGUCGUAAUUUGAUGAGAAACAAUUUGUUUCUCAUAACUCAAGUUUUAAUAUUGGGAGAUUAAAGUCAUAAUAUUAGGAAAGAAAAUAUACUAUGAGAUUGAAGUCAUAAUAUUAGGAGAGAAGUAAUUUGAUGAGGAAAAUAAGCCAACAUUUUAUGAGAUCAUAAUGUGAGGAGAAAAAAAAUCGUAAUAAAGUUGUGAUGAGGAAAAACUCAUUUUUGGAGCAAAACGUUUUUAGGAGAAAAAAAAUUGUCAUACUCGGAUAUUAAGGUCAUAAUUUGAUGAGAAAAAAAAAGAGGAAAAAGGUCGACAUUUUACGAGAAAAUAAUCUUAGGAGAAAAAAAAAAUAUUAAAGUCGUACCUUGAUGAGAAAAAAAAAAUAUAAGAAAAAAAUUGUAAUAUUGGGACAUUAAAAUCCUAAUAUUAGGAGAUUAAAGUUGUAAUGAGAUGAGGAAAAAGUCUGCCUUAAUAAUGUCUGUUUUCAUAAGGCUGCCACUACAUUUGCCAACUGACUAGCAUCAUA